GCCCAGAGCCCGACGUGGGGCUCGAACUCACGGACCGCGAGAUCGUGACCUGAGCUGAAGUCAGACGCUUAACCGACUGAGCCACUCAGGUGCCCUGAGAGCUGUCUUAUUGGCAGAGGGUGGCCCCUUCUGGAAGGUGAGGGAAAAGGCCGCUUUCUCCUGAUGAUCUGUAUCUUGUGAUACUCUGACCCUUGUAUAUCUCUGAGCAGCUUCAUGUACAGGACACACAGGCCAGUAGCCUAGGAUUUCUCAUUCUUCAUUUUUUUUUUACCAUUUACCAUUUUUGGUAAAAUAUACAUCACCUCAAAAUUUACCAUUUUAGCCGUUUUAACCGUCUUUGAAAUGUACAGCCCGGCGGCAUUACGUGCAGUCACGCUGUUGGGCAAAUCAGCACCACCGUCCGUCUCUACAGCAUUAUCAUCUCAAACGGAGACUCCCUACCCCUCAAACACCCCCAUUUCCCCCUCCCGCCGCCCUGGCAACCACCAGCUGCUUUCUGUCUGUAUGCAUGUGCCUACUCGAGGUCCCUCAUACAAGUGGAAGCAUCCAGUGCUGGUCUUUUUGCGUCUGGCUUCUUUCACUCAGCACCACGUCCGCAAGGUUUCAUCCAUGUUGUAGCAGGUGUCAGAACUCCCUUCUUUUUAAGGCCGGAUAACAUUCCAUUGAAUAUAUAUAUAUCACAAAAUACCACAGGCUGGGGUGGGGGGUGUGGAGCUUAUAAAUAACGGAAAUUCAUUGCUUACAGUUCUAUGGGCUGGAAGUCCAAGAUCAGGGUGACACCAUGCCUCUUCUGGGGCGCAAACUUCUCUCUGUGUCCUCACGUGGCAGAAGGGGCAGGGACAUCUUUGGGCUUCUCCUAAGAGCAUUAAUCCCAUUCAUGAAGAGGCCACCCUCAUCUACGUCCGUCCGAGAGGCCCCCCCACCUGCUGAUGCCAUCGUAUCUGCGUUAGGAUUUCAGCAUACGCAUGGCGGGGAGGGGGCCGCGGCACACAGCCUUUCAGACUGUGGCACCCACGUUCCGCUUAUCCACUCAUCCGUCCGUGGUCACUUCUGUUGCUCCCACCUUUUGGCUUUCGUGAAUAGCGCCGCCAUGAGCGUGGGCGUGCAGAUACGUCUUCGAGUCCCCCCUUCCGGGUCCUUGCGGAGCGCAUGCCCACACGGGGAAUUGCUGGACCAGACGGCAGUUCUGUGCUGCACUUUGUGAGGCAACGCCAGACCGUUUCCCGUUGGGGCUACACCAUUUCACAUUCCCACCGACAGCGCGCACGGGAUCUGGUUUCCCCAUAACCUCGCCGACACUCGAAAUGGCUUUUUUGGUUCGUUGUCACGGGAGCGAUCCUUCCGGAUCAAGCCUGGAAGUAAUUGUCUACUCAAGGCAUUGGACUUUUUCGCCUGCGUCGCUCAAACACGGUGGCGGGGAAACGCAGCCUAGCGUGCGCCUUUAAGUUUUCCAUUCCUGUGCCCCCUGCUUCCCCCGCCCACCUAGCGGCUCCUGCCUGGGCUGCCAGGCCUCCCUUCCUUCCGCCAGUUUGGUCUUCGGCUGCUACCCCUGCCCUGGAGGUGGGGGUGCUGCGACCCCCCCAGGGGUGGAAACACCUGCCUCGCUCAUCUCAUCGUCUACUUCUGUCCGUCUCCUUCAUCCCUUUCCCUGAACCUGCACCAGCUGAGCCUUGGGGAGCAAAUGCUAGGUGAGGCGGUGAGGUGCCAGGGCCGUGCAAAGGGCCGGAGAGCUGCACGCCCAGGGUCAGACCCCAGCCGCAUAACCUGUUACUGUCCUACGUUAACCCCGGCAAGCGACGGGCCAGCUGAGCCCUCAGAGAUGGAUGAUAGGCUGUGGGGAAGCUGAGCGCCAUUGGAAUCCCAUCUCCACCCCUUCCUGAUCACAGAAAGAAGAAGUGAGGAGGAAGCACAUUCGUCUGCACAUGGAAAGCACGCUGACCGCCCGGGACAAGGUCGGGGUGCAGGAUUUUGUGCUGUUGGAUGCCUACACCAGCGAAUCUGCUUUUCUGGACAAUCUUCGAAAGCGUUUCAGCGAGAACCUCAUCUAUACCUAUAUUGGGACUCUCCUUGUAUCUGUGAAUCCGUACCAGGAGCUUGGAAUCUACACUAUGAGCCAGAUGGAACUUUAUCAACGGGUCAAUUUCUUUGAACUGCCACCACAUGUCUACGCCAUAGCUGACAACGCUUACCGCAUGAUGUGCUCUGAGCUAACUAACCACUUCAUCCUCAUUUCUGGAGAGAGCGGGGCAGGGAAAACGGAGGCCUCCAAGAAGAUUCUCCAGUAUUUUGCCGUGACCUGCCCAAUGACCGAGUCACUACAAAUAGCCCGUGACAGACUGCUGCUCUCCAAUCCAGUGCUGGAGGCUUUUGGAAAUGCGAAAACACUCCGGAAUGACAACUCCAGCAGAUUUGGAAAAUACAUGGACAUCCAGUUUGACUAUAAGGGCAUUCCCGUAGGCGGGCAUAUCAUCAGUUACCUGAUAGAAAAGUCUCGAGUCGUCUAUCAAAACCAGGGCGAGAGGAACUUCCACAUCUUCUACCAGCUGCUGGAGGGAGGCGAAGAGGAACUCCUUGCUUACCUUGGACUUGAGCGGGACCCCCAGCUGUAUAAAUACCUCUCACAGGGUCAUUGUGCCAAAGAGUCGUCUAUUAAUGACAAGAACGACUGGAAAACUGUUUCCAGUGCCUUUUCUGUCAUCGAUUUUACUGAAGAUGACCUCGAGAAUCUCUUUGGAAUUCUUGCCAGCGUCCUCCACCUGGGGAACGUUUGUUUUGAAGAGAACCACCAAGGCUGUGCCACGAUCCCAGACACCCACGAGAUCAAAUGGAUCGCCAAGCUCCUGGGGGUCCACCCAUCCAUUCUUCUGGAAGCUCUCACCCAUAGAAAGAUUGAAGCCAAAACUGAAGAGGUAAUAUGCCCACUGACUCUGGAACUCUCUGUCUACGCUAGAGACGCAAUGGCAAAGGCCAUUUAUGGACGAACAUUUACUUGGCUAGUCAACAAAAUCAAUUCCUCCUUAGUGAACAAGGAUUUCACCAAGAAGACUGUGAUUGGAUUGCUGGAUAUCUAUGGGUUUGAGGUCUUCGACAAGAAUGGUUUCGAACAGUUCUGCAUCAAUUACUGCAAUGAGAAACUCCAGCAACUGUUAAUUGAGAGAACCCUUAAGGCGGAACAGGCAGAAUACGAAAUGGAAGGCAUAGAGUGGGAGCCCAUUCAGUAUUUCAACAACAAGAUCAUCUGUGAUUUGGUGGACGAGAGACACAAAGGGAUCAUUUCCAUUCUGGAUGAAGAAUGUAUCCGUCCCGGUCCCGCUACGGACUUGAGUUUCCUGGAGAAACUGGAAGAGAAAGUAGGCCAGCAUGCACACUUCCAGACCCGGAAGCUGGCGGGGCCAAAGGGCCGAAAGAGGAUUGGCUGGAUGGAGUUUCGGCUCUCUCACUACGCAGGAGAGGUCACAUACUGCACCAAAGGCUUCUUGGAAAAGAACAAUGAUCUCCUCUACAGACAUCUGAAAGAAGUGCUCUGCAGUUCCAAAAAUCGCAUCCUGAAGGAAUGCUUCCUGGUGGCUGAGUUAGAAAACCGAAGAAGGCCACCAACGGUGGGGACUCAGUUUAAAAACAGCCUGAGCAGCCUUCUGGAAAUCCUCAUCUCUAAGGAACCUUCAUACAUCCGUUGCAUCAAGCCCAAUGAGAGGAAAGAACCCAGCAAGUUUGAUGACUUGCUCAUAAGGCAUCAGAUCAAGUACCUGGGGCUGAUGGAGCACCUGCGGGUGAGACGGGCUGGCUUUGCACACCGGCGGAAAUAUGAGCAUUUCUUGCAAAGGUACAAGUCCUUGUGCCCAGACACCUGGCCACACUGGCACGGGCCUCCAGCAGAGGGCGUAGAACGGCUGAUCCAGUACAUCGGCUACACGCCCGAGGAGUACAAGUUAGGGAGAACCAAGAUAUUCAUUCGUUUCCCCAGAACACUGUUUGCUACUGAAGAUGCCUUUGAAUUUAGUAAACAUCAAUUAGUUGCAAGAAUCCAAGCCACAUACAAAGCCUGCCUAGAGAGGAGAGUGUACGUGAGAAAGAGACACGCAGCCAUCACACUUGAAGCCCACUGGCGCGGGGCCCUGGCUCGGAAGCUGGCCAAAAGGAGAAAGUGGGCUGUGUGGACCGUAAGAAAGUUCAUAAAGGGCUUCAUCAACCGCAACAAGCCUCUCUGCCCGGACAAUGAGGAGUUUAUCGUGUUCGUGCGGAAGAAUUACAUCUUGACCCUCCGGUAUCAUGUCCCAAAGAACGUCUUGGACAAGAGCUGGCUGAGGCCUCCUGGCAUUUUAGAAAAUGCCUCGGACCUGCUCAGGAAGAUGUGCACCAGGAACCUGGUUCGGAAGUACUGUCGCGGGAUCACGGCCGAGAGGAAGGCGCUGAUGCAGCAAAAGGUGGUUACAAGUGAGCUCUUCAGGGGGAAGAAAGAAGGUUAUGCAGAAGCCUUAAACCAGCCCUUCGCCAACAGUCGGAUCGAUGAAGGAGACAUUAAUCCCAAAGUACUUCAACUCAUCAGCAGCGAGAAAAUCCAGUACGGUGUCCCGGUCAUUAAAUACGACAGGAAGGGCUUCCGGGCGCGGGAGCGGCAGUUCCUCCUCACUCAGAAAGCGGCUUACGUGGUGGAACUUGCCAAAAUCAAGCAGAAAAUAGCGUACUCGGCACUCAAAGGGGUCUCCACCAGCAGCCUCAGUGAUGGAAUCUUGGUCAUUCACGUGUCGCCAGAGGACAGCAAACAAAAGGGGGAUGCCGUCUUACAGUGUGAACAUAUCUUUGAAGCCGUUACUAAGCUCGUCAUGCUGGUGAAGCGGGGGAACAUUGUCAGUGUCGUCCAGGGGAGUUUACGGUUUUAUAUUAGUCCUGGAAAAGAAGGCACGAUCGUUUUCGACACGGGACCAGAAGAGCAAAUCUAUAAAGAUAAAAAUGGACAGUUAACCGUGGUGUCGGUCCGCACGACUUCCUCCUGACCUCUCCGGUGGCUGGCUGUGCUCCGGCUGAGGAAAGCGCCCAGGAAGUGGGGGGCUGUCCAGGUGGCUACACCUUCCGGGAAAGGGGACAGCAGCUCUAGCAAAAGGAGAUCCCAUCUGAAGAGACUGACGGGCACCUGUCCCCCUCCCGGCUCUCUGCUGCCCUGGGGCGCCGAAGUCAACUCUUCAGGGGCCCAACCUCAAGUUGCCUACGGGGAUGGUGUUCCGUGUCCCUACCUGGACCUUCCCUAGAUGGGUAUGUGAACACGUCAUUAUACGGUGGGCGACAGAUGCACUGCCUUUGUCAAGGCCGCAGUGGUCCCGAGGAACACAAGAGCAUGUAUGAUCUGAGAGGAAAAUUUUAUAAAGCUGCAGGAUUUGAAUUUUGCUUUAACUCAGUGGAACUCACCACACCCGAUGCCUUAACGUUUCUGACGCAGCUCCCCAGCUGGAGGCCGAGGCGCCUGUCCCUCCCCCUUCCCUCCCUAGUAUUAAAAUCAAAGGGGUAGCAGCCCCAGCUGAUUCACUUUCUCCCCAAGACUUCCUCGCAGUGUUUAAAUUCAAACAGUACAGAACGAACGCAGGAAACAUUUCAACAGAAGCAUUACGUAACUUUUAUUUUACACGUCCACAAAUGCUUGUACAACAUACAGUGACUACUUCUAACGUUUAUAGCAUUUCUUCUCAUAGCACAGAGAGAAAGGUUAGUGACACACAGGCGCGCUUCGGUGACGCUGGGUGGAGCCCUAAGGGAGGGCGGAGGAGCGGUGCUGACACUUGGGUCCCGAGCAGCUGCUGUGAGGUGCAAGCCAGCACGCGUAAGCCGGGGGCGGGGGGGGGGGGGGGGGUACCUGCCCCUCAGCCAGGCUGCUUACCUGCUACCCUGGGGGUGGGGGAGGGGGACAGAAGAGGCUACCCCAGGAUUGUCUUGGGCACAGGCCCCCGGUCCCCACCGACAAGGACCUCUGGACAAGGGACCCAAAGCUGUUCUACUUUAACUGUAAGCUCUUACACUGUAAUAAAACACUUUACCAAAUGUUAGGCCAGCGUUUUUACUUAGAUGGUUCUUCAGUAUAAAUACUGACCUUGGUUUGCCCUUCAUGCUCGCAUAAAAAUCAGUUCCUUAUAGAAUACGUUUGCCGACAGAGCUUGGACCAGCCAACGCUUCCUGUCAGCUCCUGGCUCCGCAGCUAACGGCCUCCCUCACCAUGGAAUGUUUCGGGAACCUGUUCCGUUCCCGAGAAAGCAAAGACUCCAAAUGAACAAGUGCAAAGUGUAGGAAAAGUGUAAAGACUGCCAGAAACAUUAGCUCAGACGGUGUAGAAGCCCAAACAAAUCCGAUUGUUCCACAGACGUACUCUUCACAGAAAGAUUUAAAAACACAAUUCAUAGGAUGGCUUUUCCAUUCCUACAGAAAACAUCAGAACUGACACUCGCUUUAACGUUCUAAAAAAGUUCAACCCAAAUGCCAGGGUUGGUGUUUAAAACUUAAACGGUAUAUAAAAUAUUUACGAAACCGUGUUUAAGCCUCCUUUCCUGUGCACUUAAUAAAAUCCAAAUGGCUUAGUAGGAAAGUCUCCCACACAACAGUUUAAAAAGCAUCGACCCCGUACAUGAUUUUUAGGUUCAAUCAAGAUUGUUUUAGAGUUUUAUUGGAGGCUUUGCUGCUGGAUACAAAAUAAAGGCCUAUGUCUCAAGAAAGGCAAUAUGUGCAAAGCCUAACCUGUAAAAACCAUUUCAAAAUAUAAACUCGUUUUUUUUUUUUUUUUUUGGAAUACAUGGUGUCAAAGGCUGCCCACAUUAACACCUUUGGUAUAAAACAGUAACAUUUCCCUUGAAAAACAGACAAAUUCCAUCCAUUCCGUCACACACGUUCACAUCUCCCUUAAC